AUGAAUACACUUAUCUGUGCUUUUGUCCUUUUCGCAUUUCUGGCCCCCAGCCAGGCGACUUUCGGGAAAUUGGCGUUGCUUGCAGGAGGUGGCAGUAGUGGCGCCAGUUACGGUCCUAGCUAUGGACCUGGAUAUGGUGGUGGUUACGGUGGCAGUUAUGGUGGCGGUUACGGUGGUUAUGGUGGCGGCUAUGGCGGUGGCUAUGGUAUCACACCGUACUCCAAUGGUGGUGAGAACAUUGUCAAAGUGAUUAAGGUAU